GAUGUGGUGCGGUUCGAUCGACGCAGACGUUUGGCUAACAGCAACCCUCGGUGACAAUUCAACGUGAGCUCGUUUCGCCAAUUCAACGAUACACUGUGGCGACCUUCUUCAGCCCCUGAAACUACUACAUAGCAAACAAUAUUCCAAGUUCCACCACAACGAGACCGCUAGAGCUCGACUGGAGGCUAUAACACUGAUAAGCCCAGUCCCCCAUCCACCCCUGAAAAAGACUUUAUACAUGGCCACUAUAGACACACUCUCCACAACCCUUUCCCAUUAGGCACUCCUCGUGAGAAGCAAUGAACAAAGACCCAGUAGUAGCGCACUACCUACUACAGCACGAACACUCCCUCCAACAGAUGGGCUGUCUCGAAGUGCCCUCACUCCCCCGCCCCACGCUCCGGAACGACAUCCACCGCAUAUUCCGCCUCGACAGCUGGAUGAGAGGCUACGGCCAGGGCACCGAGCGGUUCUACACGCGGAUGAAGCCCGCGCUGCGGCUCGCCUCGCUCAUGAUAACGGAAUCGUGCAUGCUGCCCUGGUUCACGCAUCUAUGCCACGGGAAGCGGGUGCGAGUCGAGGGGACCCACGAUUCCAAGGGGUACGUGUAUCUGGAGCCGCGGCGCCCGAGCCGCGAGGGCAUCGAGGAGGUGAGACGGGCGUUGCGCGACCUCGCGGAAGUGGUUGUGUUCAUGUUUGUCCCGGAGCGGUAUUCGGAGGGGAAGUGGAAGAAUUCGUGGGGUACCUCUGCGGUGUGUUGGCGUAAGUGGCCGUGGAGUAGGCGAUUCCGGGCGGUGGACUAUCCGUUCAUGUCGCGGGCUGCUGUGCGGUUCGAAGGGGAGGGUCAUGGGUUGCCGGAGAUCGCGCUGAAUCGCGAGUUCGCGAGGUUUUUUGAUUCUGGGUAUGAGGAGUGUACGUCGUCGGAGCAGUAUCGUGUUAUGUAUAUGUUUGCGGUGACGUUGGUGCAUGAGCUCGCCCAUGCGUUUUGGAUGUUCAUCGGUAGGGGUGGGAGUCCUCCGGGGACUGGAGAGGAGCCUAGGUGGCAUAAGGAGGAACUGAGGGCCGAAUUGGGAUAUUCCUGGGAGACUAUCACGAUGGGGAGGAUUGUCGAGCCGGUGUUGGGAGUAUAUGGUAUGCUGAAGAGGCCCUGUGCCUUGGUUUCGUUAAGGACUGAGGCCUGGGCUGCUGGUCAGCCUGAGCCGCGGGCCGUGAGGGCUCUGAUUGAUACCGUCUCCAUGAGGAUGAAGAAGGUGGAGAAUUGGCGUGGUGUGUUUUUUGGUAGACCGGUAGAUGGAGGAAGAGGCACGGAGUGGUUUGUCGGUACCUCGAUGUCGUCGAAACACAAGAAUUGUGUGAGCGUCAUUCACGCCAUCCCACUGAGAUGGAUUGCGCAAUGGUUCUCAGAAUGCGAGUGGAGGAACAGAAGAGAGGUCUGGAGGGCGCAUCGAUUGAUCCAUGGAUGCAAUAUCGCUGAAGGAAGACCAUAUGAUCCGCCAGGUUUAGGACCAACAUUUAUGAUGGUUCACUUGCGACUUGCCAAUAAGGAACCUCAGCUUUGGGUUAGUUCAAUUGUUCAAGAUGAUCCGAACAUAGAUUGGGAGAGGAUGGCUACGAAAGCUGUCAGUGUUUACGAUGGGUUUUAAGGGGUGGCUCUCCAUUCGCUCUGUGAUAUCAGCAGAAAUAUGGCGUUCAAUCACAAAGCAUUCUGUCUUGGUCUAUCGUUAUGAUAGGUGAUUGUGUCUGGAUGCAAGACUUCUGAUAUACAUAUGUAGUAAGUUCACCGCUUGUUGGUUCACAUUCUCGUGGGCGGCACGUCGUGUUACUGUGGCCCGGUAUCCGGUGUGGGCGAUGUGGCUGCUGACCCUGAACGUUGUCUCGGCUUGAGAGCUUUGAUUUAGGAUAACAAUGUAGAGCAAAAGUCAAGAUACAUUACAAUCAGCUGCCGAUGUC